AUGAACAGCAUAACACUGCCCGUGACAGUCCUAGAACUCAAAGUGCAGAAUUGCAGAAAAUUGCAAAGGAUUGCAGGAUUGAAAGAUUUAAUAGAGCUAACAGAGCUCUACAUUAGUGAGUGUCCAGAACUUAAGGAGAUUCCAAGCCUUGCCCAAGCAAGCCACUUUGAGAGGAUUAAAAUUGUCUCAUGCAAUAAGCUACAAAUCAUAACACUACCAACAAAACUCAUCAAACUUGCUGUGCAAUGUUGCGGGCAUUUGCAAAGGAUUGUAGCAAUGCCUGAACUUAAAGAGGUUAUAGAGCUGUGCGUUAGUGACUGUCCGGAGCUUGAGGAGCUGCCAGUUAUUUAUGGUCCAAGCUGCGUGGAAAGGAUUACAAUUAAUGGAUGCGGGAAGUUCUGUCGCCUUCAGGUGACUGAUUGUAGGAUUUUGAAAGGAGUCGGGGGUAAGUUUGCACAGUUGAAGAUAUGGGAUUGUCCACAGCUUGAAGAGCUGCCAUGGUUUGCACAUCUAACUUGCCUUGAGGAGAUCCUCAUUUACAGAUGCGGAAAGCUGAAAGAAAUAACUUUGCCAACAAAUUUGAAGCUUCUUCACUUGGAUGCUUGUACAGAACUACAAAGUGUGUCAGAAAUAUCUCAUCUCAAUAAUCUUGAACAAAUGAUUAUUUCUCAGUGUUGGCAACUUGAGCUUAAGUUGCAUCUUGAGAGUAUGAACUCUCUCCAGCGCAUCACGUUUGAUGGAUGUGGGAAGCUCAGAUCUUUUCUAUUGAACAAAUGUCAAAAUGUGAAGGGAGUGUCCGGUAACUUUGAUGUGGAAAGGUUAUCCAUAUGUGAUUGUCCCCAGCUUGAUGAGUUAUGCAUAUCUGAUUGUCCAGGAUUAAGCUGCCUGGAGAGGGUUACUAUUGAAUCAUGUGAUAAACUGCAAAAAAUAACACUGCCAACAAAAUUCACGAAUCUCAAUAUGCAACGUUGUAGACAUUUGCAAAGGAUUGAAGGAAUGAAUGACCUCACAGAGCUGUGCAUUAGUGAGUGUGAGGAGCUUUGUGAGUUGCCCAGUCUUGCCAGACUGAGCUGCUUGAAGAGGAUUAAAAUUGACUCUUGUAAGAAGCUGCACAGAAUAACACUACCAACGACAGUCAAUGAACUCUCGGUGCACCGGUGUGAAAGAUUGAAAAUGUUAGAAGGAAUCGACAAUCUAACAGAGCUGACAAAGAUCUUCAUUAAUGAGUGUCCUGAUCUUGAGGAGUUGCCAAUUCUUGCCGGAAAGACCUGCUUGGAAAUCAUUUACAUUUACUCCUGUGAGAGGCUGCAAAAUAUAACACUACCAACAAAACUCGUCAAACUCAAUGUGCAAUGUUGCGGCCAUUUGCGAAAGAUCGCAGGAAUGGAUGAUCUUACAGAGCUCUAUGUUAGUGAGUGUUCGGAGCUUGAGGAAUUGCCAAACCUUGCUAGACUAGGCUGGAUGGAGAGCAUCCAUAUUGACUCAUGCGAUAAGCUGCACAACAUAACACUACCAACAACAUUUAACAAACUCAUUCUUGAAAAUUGCAGAGGAUUGCGAAGGAUUGAAGGAAUGGAUGAUCUAAAAGAGCUUACAAAGCUCUAUAUUAGUAGGUGUCCUGAGCUUGAGGAGUUGCCCAUUAUUUGUGGUCCAAAUUGCCUGGAAACGAUUACACUUAUUGAUUGUGAAAAGCUCAAUCGCCUUGAGGUGACUGAUUGUAGGAUUUUGAAAGGAGUCUCGGGUAAUUUUGCACAGUUGAAGAUAUGGGAUUGUCCACAGCUUGAAGAGCUGCCAUGUUUUGUACAUCUAACUUGCCUUGAGGAGAUCCACAUUUUGAGGUGUGGAAAGCUGAAAGAAAUGGCUUUGCCAACAAAUCUGAAGAUUCUUCACUUGGAAGGAUGUGCGGAACUACAAAAUAUGUCAGAAAUAUCCCAUCUCAAUAAUCUUAAACAAUGGAUAUCCAUAUGUGAUUGUCCCGAGCUUGAAGAUUUAUCCAUAUGUGAUUAUCCGGAAAUGAUGACGAUUCACAUUGAAUCGUGUUAUAAGCUGCAAAACGUAACACUACCAACAAAAUCGAUCAAACUCUUUCUGCAACGUUGCAGACAUUUGCCAAGAAUUGUAGGAAUGGAUGAUCUUACAGAGCUGUGCAUUAGUGAGUGUGAGGAGAUGUAUGAGUUAACAAUUCUUGCCAGACUGAGCUGCUUGAAAAGGAUUCAAAUUGACUCUUGUCAGAAGCUGCACAACAUAACACUACCAACGGCACUCAUCGAACUCUCAGUCCACCAGUGUAGAAAAUGGAAAAUGGUAGAAGGAAUCAGCAAUCUUACAAAGCUUAAAAUGAUCUCCAUUAGUAAAUGUCCUGAGCUUGAGGAGUUGCCGAUUCUUGCCGGAGUGAGCUGCUUGGAAAGUAUUAACAUUGACACCUGUGAGAAGUUGCACAAUAUAACACUACCAACUAAAGUCAUGGUCAUUUCUGGGUGUUCUCAGCUCAAUCUUUCCGAAAUGAACUGCUUGGAAAGUAUUUACAUUGAUUCUUGUGAAAGGAUACCCAGCAUAACAUUGCCAACUACACUCAUCAAACUCACAGUAAGCAGGUCCAGAAAAUUACAGCAAGUAGCAGGAAUUGACAAACUUAGAGACAUGGUCAUUUCUGAGUGUCCUGAGCUUGAGGAGUUGCCAAAUCUUUCUAAAAUGAGCUGCUUGGAAAGUAUUGACAUCGAUUCCUGUGAGAGGCUACAUGACAUAACACUACCGACUACAAUCAUGAAACUCAGAGUGAGCCAGUGCGAAAAUUUGCAGCGAGUGGUCGGAACUGGCAAUCUUGUAAAGAUUGCAAACAUGGUCAUUUCCGAGUGUCCUAAGCUUGAGGAAUUGCCAAAUCUUUCUGAAAUGAGCUGCAUCGAAAGUAUUGAAAUUCAUUCCAAUCACAGGCUGCGUAACAUAACACUGCCAACUACACUCGUGAAACUAGCAGUGUACCAGUGCACAAAAUUGCAGCGAGUGGCAAGUACUGGCAAUCUUACAAAGCUUAUAGGCAUGGUCAUUUCUGAGUGUCCUGAGCUUCAGGAGUUGCCAAAUCUUUCUGAAAUGAGCUGCAUGGAAAGUAUUGACAUCGAUUCCUGUAAGAGGCUGCAAGACAUAAUACUACCGACUACAAUCAUGAAACUCAGAGUGAACCAGUGCAGAAGUUUGCAGCGAGUGGACGGAACUGGCAAUCUUAUAAAGAUUGCAAACAUGGUCAUUUCCAUGUGUCCUAAGCUUGAGGUAUUGCCAAAUCUUUCUGAAAUGAGCUGCAUGGAAAGUAUUGAAAUUCAUUCCAAUCCCAAGCUGUGGAACAUAACACUGCCAACUACAGUCAUGAAACUAGCACUGUACCAGUGCACAAAUUUGCAGCGAGUGGCAAGUACUGGCAAUCUUACAAAGCUUAUAAGCAUGGUCAUUUCUGAGUGUCCUGAGCUUCAGGAGUUGCCAAAUCUUUCUGAAAUGAGCUGCAUGGAAAGUAUUGAAAUUCAUUCCAAUCCCAAGCUGUGUAACAUAACACUGCCAACUACACUCAUGAAACUAGCAGUGUACCAGUGCACAAAUUUGCAGCGAGUGGCAAGUACUGGCAAUCUUACAAAGCUUAUAAGCAUGGUCAUUUCUGAGUGUCCUGAGCUUCAGGAGUUGCCAAAUCUUUCUGAAAUGAGCUGCUUGGAAAGUAUUGACAUCGAUUCCUGUGAGAGGCUGCAUGACAUAAUACUACCGACUACAAUCAUGAAACUCAGAGUGAACCAGUGCGAAAAUUUGCAGCGAGUGGUCGGAACUGGCAAUCUUAUAAAGAUUGCAAACAUGGUCAUUUCCAAGUGUCCUGAGCUUGAGCGAUUGCCAAAUCUUUCUGAAAUGAGCUGCAUGGAAAGUAUUGACAUCGAUUCCUGUAAGAGGCUGCAAGACAUAAUACUACCGACUACAAUCAUGAAACUCAGAGUGAACCAGUGCAGAAGUUUGCAGCGAGUGGACGGAACUGGCAAUCUUAUAAAGAUUGCAAACAUGGUCAUUUCCAUGUGUCCUGAGCUUGAGGUAUUGCCUGAGCUUCAGGAGUUGCCAAAUCUUUCUGAAAUGAGCUGCUUGGAAAGUAUUGACAUUGAUUCCUGUGAGAGGCUGCAUGACAUAAUACUACCGACUACAAUCAUGAAACUCAGAGUGAACCAGUGCGAAAAUUUGCAGCGAGUGGUCGGAACUGGCAAUCUUACAAAGCUUAUAAGCAUGGUCAUUUCUGAGUGUCCUGAGCUUCAGGAGUUGCCAAAUCUUUCUGAAAUGAGCUGCAUGGAAAGUAUUAAAAUUCAUUCCAAUCACAGGCUGCGUAACAUAACACUGCCAACUACACUCGUGAAACUAGCAGUGUACCAGUGCACAAAAUUGCAGCGAGUGGCAAGUACUGGCAAUCUUACAAAGCUUAUAGGCAUGGUCAUUUCUGAGUGUCCUGAGCUUCAGGAGUUGCCAAAUCUUUCUGAAAUGAGCUGCUUGGAAAGUAUAGAUAUUUGUGAAUGUCCAACCGUUGAGGAGCUGCCAAGUGUUGCCAGAUUGAGCUGCCUGAAGAGUAUUAGCAUUGAGUCUUGUGAGAAGCUGGCAAACAUAGCAGGUAUUGAAGAAUUGCAGGCAUUAGAAGCAAUAAAGUUCCUAUUUUACAGCAAUGCAGCAAUACAGGAUUGCUUUCGCAAGUUGAAGAGUGUGCCCUCAGCCUUUAUUCAAAUAGUUGGAAAAGCAGCGGGUGAAGCGAAGUCAAAUUUAAACCCUUCUCUGUUCUCUGAGGCUCAUUUCUGCGCGAAUCCAGACACUCUGUCUCAAACAUUAGGUCAUCUUGAGGGAUCAUGGAGUGCAAUAAUCGUAUGCGGUGUGGUCGAGGCCAAUAUCUCUGAUCUUCGUCGCACCGUACGCGAAAACAUGAAAUAUUCGACUUUAGAAGACCUGGAACAGGGAGAAUGGAUAAUUACUACGGUUACCACGGUAAUUACGGAGCAACAUCGCUGGGAACUUCUUGACUGUAGAGGCAUUCAACGCUUUUGUUUCCCAAGGCUGGUCGACCUUGCGCAGCGGCGGAUUGAAUAUUGUUUUCCCUGGCGAUUAAAAACGAAGAAGUGGUGUGCGUGGGCUGUGAGGAAAUGGGAUGAUUGCAGAGUUCUCCCCGCUUUGACCACAAUUGUUGAUAAGCUACAUCAGAAAUAAGAACACUGUUAUUUGUUGAUUAUCUCAAGGGUAAGAGUGUUCACCCUACUUGUAGCGGUCCUCCACCUCCCUAUUUCAUGACAUCAUCAAAUCCAUGGGGUUGAUGUUCAACUUUCGACAACAACACUUGGUAGUCAAGGUCAUUGGUGAACUUUCACUCAAGUGAAGGAGAGUGCGAAGGUGGACACCUUAAUGUGUUUAUGAUUUUGAAAGUAGUCAAGAUAAACCUACCUAGGAGACAUUUGUACCAAAUCAGAUGGUCAUGAUAGAAGCUUUGUUGAAUGAAACAUUUAGCAUUGAUAGUUAGGGUAAGAGUGUUCACCCUACUUGUAGCGGUCCUCCACCUCCCUAUUUCAUGACAUCAUCAAAUCCAUGGGGUUGAUGUUCAACUUUCGACAACAACACUUGGUAGUCAAGGUCAUUGGUGAACUUUCACUCAGGUGAAGGAGAGUGUGAAGGUGGACACCUUAAUGUGUUUAUGAUUUUGAAAGUAGUCAAGAUAAACCUACCUAGGAGACAUUUGUACCAAAUCAGAUGGUCAUGAUAGAAGCUUUGUUGAAUGAAACAUUUGGCAUUGAUAGUUAGAAUGAUUAUGAUGAAAAUUCAGGGUAAGAGUGUUCACCCUACUUGUAGUGGUCCUCCACCUCCCUAUUUCAUGACAUCAUCAAAUCCAUGGGGUUGAUGUUCAACUUUCGACAACAACACUUGGUAGUCAAGGUCAUUGGUGAACUUUCACUCAUGGGCUUGACUUAAGAUUGUGAGCAUGGUCCUAUCGUAGAUUAACAACAUAAUUAUUUGUAUGUGAUGGAGCUCCAAAAAAUUUAGAGAGGAUGAGUAAGCAAGCUCAAAAGAAAUCAGCACCAUUUACAUUUCCAUCCACUUGAUAAUCAAAGGCAACUUGUGAUCUAUUUCUUUUCCCUAGAGGGAAAUGACUACCUUAGGAUUCUUUGUUGUAUGCCUAUAUGGCAAUUUUUAACAUAUAUUAUAGAUUACAGAUAUGUGACAUUUUAUGUCUGUAUGGCUUUGUUGUGAGCUUAUAUAGCUUUAUUGGAUAUAUAUUAUACUUUAUCGAUAUAUAAUAUUGUAUGGCUAUAUGGAUUUUUGGUUAAUAUGAAUCAUUUUUACCACUAUUA